AUGCUUCGACUUAUAUUCCCUAAUUCUGUCUCAUACUUUAUUUUCGAACUUUCUAGAUGUUUUUAUGAACUGAAAAAAUUGAAAGGAUUAUUUGUGAGAUUAUUAUUGCAUAGACUUGUAUUUCUGGAAAAUAAAAUACAAAAAAGGGCCUUCAUAAAUAUCUAA